AUGACCGUACCACCAAAUACAGCUGAACAAGCAUACCUUGAUUUAUGUGAAAGAAUAAUUAAAGAAGGUGAACACCGUCCAGACCGAACAGGAACAGGAACUAAAUCACUUUUUGCUCCACCACAAUUAAGAUUUGAUUUAUCAAAUGAUACAUUUCCAUUGUUAACUACCAAGAAAGUCUUUUCUAAAGGUAUCAUUCAUGAAUUAUUAUGGUUUAUUGCUGGAUCAACCGAUGCUAAAAUUUUAACCAACAAAGGUGUUAAAAUUUGGGAAGGUAAUGGAUCUCGUGAGUUUUUAGAUAAGUUAGGAUUGACUCAUCGUCGUGAAGGUGAUUUGGGACCAGUUUAUGGUUUCCAAUGGAGACACUUUGGUGCUGAAUAUAAAGAUUGUGAUGCUGAUUAUACUGGACAAGGUUAUGAUCAGUUGCAAGAUAUCAUUAAGAAAUUAAAGACCAACCCAUAUGAUAGAAGAAUAAUCAUGAGUGCCUGGAAUCCACCAGAUUUUGAUAAAAUGGCUUUACCUCCAUGUCAUGUCUUUUGUCAAUUCUAUGUUAAUUUCCCAGAAAACGCUAAACCUAAAUUAUCAUGUUUAUUGUAUCAGAGAUCUUGUGAUAUGGGUUUGGGAGUUCCUUUCAACAUUGCUUCCUAUGCUUUGUUAACUAAGAUGAUUGCUCAUGUGGUUGAUAUGGAUUGUGGUGAAUUUAUUCAUACUAUGGGUGAUGCUCACGUGUAUUUGGAUCAUGUGGAUGCUUUGAAAGAACAACUUGAACGAAUUCCAAAACAAUUUCCUAAAUUAGUUAUUAAAGAAGAUAGAAAAGAUGAAAUAAAAUCAAUCGACGAUUUCGAGUUUGAAGAUUUUCAAAUUGUUGGAUACGAACCAUAUCCUCCAAUUAAAAUGAAAAUGAGUGUAUAG